AAUCCAAUCCUAGAUCCGCCCCUGAAUUGAAUUAAAGACAUGAUUCAAUAUUGAUGCCAGUCAGGGCUGUAUCAAAAUAGACAUCAGGCUUGAUCACGAAUCAUUGAUUUUGGGUAGUGGCCUGUAUCUGUCAGAGAUGAUAAUUUCUGGCUGUGUAUAGGUGGCAUUACAAUUACAAUGGCAUCAAAAGACUAUGAACCAGUGGAGAGGAGUGACCAUUCUACAGUAAGAGUAGGAGAUUACUUAUAUAUGUGGGGUGGGGACCAGCCUGAUCUCCCUAAAGUACACAAUAAUGAUAAGAAGAAAGCACUGUCAUCAUUAAUGGAGGUAUACCAUUUACCUACUGGUAGAUGGGAGCAGAAACCCACCACUGGUAAUCCUCCACUGGGUAUCUGGGCCUAUGCAUCUGCUGCCAUUGGAAAUGAGAUAUUUUAUUUUGGUGGAAGGUGUAAUCACGAUAGCUGUUUUCAUAAUAGUCUGUACAGUUUUAAUGUUGAUACAUUCACCUGGAGGGAACUCUCACCUACUACUCCUCAUCACGGCCCAAUGAUGAAAGGCUACUGUGGCAUGGUAGCUUUUCAACUGAACGGUAAGGACUAUCUUGCAGUAAUUGGAGGACGUGGACCAUCUUCUAACAAUACACCCACACAACCUAAUGCUAAGUAUCAAAGAUUGGUAGCUAAUUCUAAACGAACUAAUGAGAUUCAUUAUUAUAAAGUAUCAUCUGGUAAAUGGAGUUCACCUAAUGUUACUGGAGACAGACCACCUCCUAUCAGUUACUUUACUUUAACAUCAAUUACUAAUGACUGUGCCAUAUUGUUUGGUGGGGCUACUCCUGAUGGAGACAGUAACAAUACUUAUAUUAUUAAUUUUAGCCACACAUCAGUAAAUUUUUCUGAUCUUAGAGUAUCAAAACAAAAGCCUCAGGAACGAUCUGGUCAUUCCAGUGUAUUUAUUAAUAGUAACUUUGGACCACACCUACUAGUGGUGGGUGGAUAUUCUAAAGAUGAUUGCUGGUUACUUGAUGUUGAUAAAAGAAUAUGGAAACAACUGGUUAGUAUUAUAAUGCUGUAUAGUUGGUAA